CUUGAAGAGGCGGAAAAAAAGAACAAAUAAACCUGGAUUUGCGCUCUCAUCGGCAUCCGGUGAGGGAUAUGAAGAAGACAGAUAAGAACAUGGAAAUGAACUGUAAGGGUUUGAAAGGACGACAGGGGAAAUUUGUUGUCCUCAUCUUUUAUCUCCAGAUGUUGUCCAGCCCCGUGGCCGAAGCAAUUCAUCCGGACUGCGCCAUCAUCUCCCAGCACCUGAGGGCUCGUGAGAUAUGUAGCCAGACGAGGAGGAGCGAGGCGCAAAACCAGACCGACCACAGCGGAUGUAAAACAGAGUGGGAUGAGAUCGGGUGCUGGCUGAGAGCUGAGGUUGGGCAGGUGGUCAAUUUGUCCUGCUCUGAAGUCUUCCAGCAUUUCUCCAGCAAUCAAGGGUAUGUUUACAGGAACUGUACUGCUGACGGUUGGUCGGAAAUGUAUCCACCCUAUGAGGAGGCCUGCGUGUUCAGCGAUGACAGCGAGCCUGAGUCCGAGACGAGUUACCUUUAUACCUUCAGACAGGUUUACACCGUAGGCUACGCCACGUCACUCAUCUCCCUCAUUACAGCCAUCGUGGUGUUCGCAGCCUUCAGGAAGUUCCGCUGCACCAGAAACUACAUCCACAUCAACCUGUUCGCCUCCUUCAUCCUGAGAGCCAGUGCCGUCUUCAUUAAAGACACCGUGCUGUUUGCUGAUGAGACCUUGGACCACUGCUCCAUGUCCACGACAGCGUGCAAGUCAGCUGUGGCUUUCUUCCAGUUCAGCAUCCUGGCCAAUUACUUCUGGCUGCUGGUGGAGGGCAUGUAUCUGCAGACGCUGCUGGCUCUGACCUUCGUCUCACAGAGGAAAUACUUCUGGUGGUACAUCCUGAUUGGAUGGGGGCUCCCAUCUACAGUUCUCAUACUGUGGGUUUUGACCAGAUUCUUCUAUGAUGACAGAGGUUGCUGGGAUGACACAGACAAUAUUGGCAUCUGGUGGAUUAUUAAGGGACCAAUAACAGCCUCACUGCUGAUCAACAUAGUCAUCUUCGUCAACGUCAUCCGGAUUCUGGUUCAAAAGCUUAAAUCUUCUGCCAUGACUGGGAACAAUGACACUGGACACUUUAUGAGGCUGGCAAAAUCCACCCUGUUCCUGAUUCCUCUGUUUGGGAUGCACUACACUGUAUUUGCCUUCCUGCCUGAGAACACUGGAGUAGCAGCCAGACUCUACAUCGAGCUGGGACUGGGCUCCUUUCAGGGGUUUGUGGUGGCGCUUCUUUACUGUUUCAUGAAUGGAGAGGUCCAAACAGAGCUGCGGAGGUGGCUGUGGAAGUGCCACAAUCAAAGUCAUCUCACACCAGCUAAGAGAAGCAUCACUCAGAUCACAAUUCGGACUCAUGGGGGGCUCGGGCUGCCGGCUUCUAGUGGCAACAUCUCUUCUGUAUGAUUUCAGAGAUCAUUAAUGAAGAGAAUGUUUUGCAAAGGAAAAGGAAGGGGAAAAAAUGAAUCAGUCCUUGGAGCUGAACAUGGUGAUGACAUUAAUUCAACAACCCCUCUGUAAGAACAGGUUACCAGAAUGAGCACAGGUGAGUGAGGAGGAAAUGUAUCAGGAUGCAUUAUACUGAUUUCAUAAGCAGUUGUGGCUGCAGUUUAAGGAUGGUACAGCACACACUUCUCAUUUGAAACACAGCGUGCUCUUUCUUGCACCGUCUCCGAUGGUGGUUGAUUUGCAAGGAUGUCACGGUGCCACAGAGCAAAGAGGAAAACCUGGGGACAGAGCUGGCCCUGAGUUAAUGACUGAGCAAAAAUGUUGAGGAAUCAUAUUUAGCAUUUGCAGACACAUGACGACAAACCUCAGAUGUUAAUUUGUCUGCUAUUUUGAGUGUGCGAGCAUGGUGACAUUGCAGUAAUAAUGCUAAUAAUAAUGCUAAUAGUAAUGCUAAUAAUAAUGCUAACAGUAAUGCUAAUAAUAAUAACAACAAUAAUUAUUUUAUUUAAAAAAUGGAGUUACAAAAUUCCUAGUUUGGAUGAAACCAGAUGUGUAAUGUACAUGUCCAAACACAGUCAAACAUCUUACAGUACAUUCACUCCUGCAUACACACAUUAGAAAAACAAGAACCAAAAUAAUGGGAAAAGACUAAGAAAAUGUUAUCCUACAUAAAAAUUAGGUUUUAACCGUCAUUUAAGACAAACCACAGAUUCAGCUGACCUGACAGUAUUAGAUGACAGGGUCACCUCCAGUAGAAACAGAACUGGACAUAAGGGGAGUAUGGUGUCACAGUGAGGAACUGAGUGGAAAAGCAGUUGGUUCUGCAGCAGGAGGAGUGUAGAGAAGCUAAGUGCUUAGCUUGUGUAGUGAUGACAGACGAGAACUCCAUGGUUAGCUCAUCCUUCUUCUUCAGUUCCUGCUUUACCUGGCGGAUGUCAUCUUUUAACUGUAUGUAUGCUGGCAAGCAGUGUCAACACACUGCCAUAAUAGUGCUUAAUAGCUGUUGAAGGUAGCAAGCACUUAGCAAGCAGGCUAAAAACAAAACAAGGAGCUAGGCUAACAUUGACCCCACCUAAUAAAGCCACCAAACCCGGUUUCAGGAAAGAUGUCAAGUUGCAGCGGUGACAGUAACACAGUAGCAAAUUGAUCCAAAGGAAAUUACUAAAUCCACCAAAACACAAAAUUCAAGAAAAACUGGCCUAGAGGCCAGUCAGUGACUGCCUGGCAAUUACCGGUUAGAAGGAAAAAAGUUUAUUUCCCAACUAGUUAAAAGUGUUUGCUGGAGGUUAAACAGGCCUAUAGAUAGGUCAGUAACCACCUAGCAACCCCCUGUUUCUAGGGAAAAAUGUGUAUUCCCCAACCUUUUGAUUGCUUUCGCUGCUAGCAUGCUGCUGUGGUCGUUAUUUGAAUGAAAGUGAUUUGUCUACAGACGUUGUCUAGUUAACCCCUUUUCCCAUUAAUACCUACUCGGAUUGACUCACCACGACUCACCACGUCUUGACUCGGAUCGACUGGUUUUCCAUUACAACUGAGUACCACCUAAUGUGCAUGGUCGUUGUUAUAGAAACAGGGCUGUGCGUCGAUAAAUAAACGGUUAAUGUAUGAAAUGAACUCUACAACAAAGGUGGACAUCAAGGCAAGAAUAUACCUGCUGCUCAGUCUGUGCUCAGACUUGGGGACCAUGGCCUUGUUUUUUGUAGCCAUUUCCCCUCGUUGCUGGGUUUCAAAAUAAGUGUUUUGGAUUUUCGUGAAUGGGACGCUCUCAUGACUCUUUGAGCGAUGCCCCUGACCAGCCAAUUGGUGGCAUGCAGUCUGACCGCGUCACAUUUUAGCACAUGCUCGGUUCACUAUGAACCCUGGCCAAGCAGGUGCUAUUUUAGUACCUGGUCCAGAUACUAUAACCUAAUAGAAGACCCUGAAAACCAUGGUGAACCAUGGCAAGUCAAUCCGAGUAGGUUCUAAUGGAAAAGGGGCUUUUAUCUCAAGCUGUAGUAAAACUGUGAAAAAAAAAAGUGGAGACUGUGUGUCUGCAAAGUAUAAGUUGUGCCUUUUAAAAAAAUGUGGGCCGCAGUGUUGAAGCUCCUUGUUUAGACAUAGAAAUAGACUUUAUUUAUUUCACACUGGGGAAAUUCAUAUUUUACAGCUGCACAAGGGUCAGCAAGAUCAUGUAAGUA